AUGCAAAGUAAAGAGUUAAUGGAGCAACGAAUUGUUGCAAAUAUAAAUGGAGAAAUUGGGGGAGAUUUCAAGAAGAUUCAUCGAGCUGCUUUAUUGGUAGAUCAGUACCAAAAUUGUAUUGAGCGUUUAAAGCAAAAAUUAAACAAUAGUCACACAACAAUAAAUGGGGAUACAAGUAUUAAAUCGGCAAUGCAAACUCAACGGACCACUAAUCAGAGCAUCGAGUUCCAAUUAGAAAAACUUUGUCAGUUCAAGCUAAAACUAUCACCAAAAAUUAAUGAUGCCAAUGAAGUUCUUAAGCAUGUUUUUAAAGAUCUGGAAAGCAUACGUAAAUUGCAGCAGUUCUCAAGAUAUUUGAAGAUUGUACAAGAUGUACAAGAGAUCAGCCAGAGUCUUUCGUUGGCUAUUAAUGGUAAAGACGAAGCUAAACUGGUCAAUAUAUAUCUCACGCUAUUCGAGGAUAAUGAUUGUGAAAACAGUGUAAUUGGACGACUUUCUAACAUCGAUUCCCAUUUUCUAAAAACUUUUGCUGUGAAAACUGCUAUCCAUUGGCACACAAUUCUAAGUGAAAAAUUUGCAAGUGAGAUGGAACAUAUUCUGAAGUCAAUGCGUUGGGGUUAUAAAGAAUAUGAUUCUUUGACAUUUUCACCAUCCCGGGAAAAUGUUAUUAAAGCCCAGCUGUUAGCUGAAUAUUUGUUUUUAAUAAAAUCCCCAGUUGAAGAAACCGAACCGCUAGAAGUUAUUACGCCUAGCAUUAUUUGCCAACCCAUUAGUACUGUUACUAAGUUGUUGCUGGCUCCAUACCAACAAAGGUUCGAAUAUCAUUUUACCGGUGUACGUCAAACAAAUCGGUUGGAUAAACCGGAAUGGUACUUCACACAAAUACUAAAUUGGGCCAAGGAUGUUCAUCUCUUUGUUGGAAAAACCUUUCAGCCCGCAGCAGUAAAAGCCGGAAAAUUGGAUUACAAUAUACGUUUGGAGUUUAUUCGCGGUCUUGUCCAGUUGAUAAUAGAAAAACUUUCUGCAGACAUCGAAGAAAUCAGUCGCGAUGAGCAUUUAUUUGCACAUUUGCUGGACGAAACUUUAGCUUUUGAGGCUGAGUUGCGAGGAAAUUUUGGUUACCCCACUAGUUUUCCAAGUGUCAUAUGCGUUGUAACUCAACCCGUUUAUUUGAUAAAAUGGAUCGCACUUGAAGAACGAUUUUGUGCAGAGAAAAUGGAUCUCAUUUUACAUGGCGAUAAUCCUUGGAUGCUUAUCGAUGCAAAUACUUAUGAUAAUGACUUAAAAAUUCCGAAAUGCGCUGAUCAAUUUAUUCGACUCCUUGACGCCAUUAGAGAUCGCUAUUGUUCUCUUAUCCAACCAGGGCAGCAAUUACAGUUCCUUGCGCUUCAAAUAGAACUGAUAGAAAAUUUUCGGCGACGUCUUGUACAACUAUUUAGCAGUGGGGAAGUUGGAUGUAUAUCCAUUUUGAAUGCCAUAAAUUACUUGGCUUUGGUGCUAACUGAAUGGGGUGAAAACGUUCAUUAUUUACAUUUACAUGCUGUGCAUGUUGGUCCAAAUUCAAAUGAAAUUCGCUCCGCUUUUGAUCAGCCAGUAAGCGAGUUAGAGCAUUGGACCCAAAAGCUUAUUGAUAAUUUGGCAACGAAAGCAGUGAACGAAAUAAAAGCAAAGUCAAUGGCAUAUCGGCAUGACUGUUGGUCUAGCGUACCAGAGCAAAAUUGCAAAGAACCAUUCAUUUUGUCUUCUACUGCAGGAGAAAUGUUUCAGGUAAUGGUGACAACACUUCACAAUUUGGAGCGUGAUCUAUCAUUAAACCUAUUUACUCUUACACUUCGCAAAAUUGCUAAUCAAGUGGACGAUUUUCUCUUCGAUAGUCUUGUAAUGAAUAACAAGUUUACUCCAGCAGGUGCUGCUCAAUUUAAUUUUGAUAUGAGUCGGAAUCUUUUAGCGCUGUUCGGCCAAUAUUGUCGUCGACCAGAUCUGCUUUUUAAAAAAGUUCACGAUUCGAAUAAGCUGCUGAAUGCCACACGAGGUACUGCAUUGCUGUUAUACGAAACUCUUAAAUCGGAAACAAAGCUGGAGGAAAAAAUGAACGCUUUAAAGGAAUUAGGGAUCGUUAAUUUUAAGAAUAAAACAUGCAUAGAUGUUCUAGAGCGUCGAACUGAUAUAAAACUUCUUUGAUUAAAUAUGGUUCCAUGUAAAUAAAUUUAUUUUAAUAAGACCUA